GCUCCUGAACGCAUCAUUCAUUACCUGCGGACCGUGAAGUGACUCUGAUCAAACACCUGAAGGUUUACCGGGAGCACCGAACGUCCUGCAGCUCUGGAGCCGUCCUGCCGGUGUCCCGGUGUUAAUGAGGCUCUCCGUUAAUUGGCUGAUGAUGAGGCUAGUUAUGAUGUAAUCUCUUUCUCUCCCUCCCUCCCUCCUCUCUCUCCCUCAGCCUCCCUCCUCUCUCUCCGUCUUUCUCUCCAUCCUAACCAACAUGGCCGCUAAGUCGGAUGGAGCAGCAGUGUCUGUGGAAGAUGACAACACGCCCAGGAGCCUGUCGGAGCCCGGGAUCCCCGCCGCCCGGCCCCGCUGCAGCGCCGCCGGCGGGAAGCCGUUCACGCUGCUGGACUGCUGCUGGGUUCUGUGCGCGCUGCUCGUCUUCUUCUCCGACGGCGCGACCGACCUGUGGCUGGCCGCCGACUACUACCUGAGAGGAGACUACUGGUGGUUCGGCUUGACGCUGGUCUUCGUCGUGGUCCCCUCCGCGGUGGUCCAGGUGCUGAGCUUCCGCUGGUUCGUCUACGACUACUCGGAUCUGAGCGGCGGAGACGGAGCGGCGAGCGGCAGCGGCGCGGCGGCGGCAGGGGCGGCAGGAGCGGCCGCGGCGGGCGACGCUUUAAGCACCAAGGACGGAGAGCAGCGCGGCGGGAGCGCGGCGGCGGGGAACGCCGCCAACGUUACCCCGGUUUACACGUCCUCCGGGCCGCCGGUGACGGCCGGCAGAGUCGGGGCCCCCCGGAGGUGCUGCACCGUCUGCAUGUGGGUCUUUCAGACCGUCCUGCACGUCCUGCAGCUGGGGCAGGUGUGGAGGUACAUCCACGCCCUCUACUUGGGCGCUCAGAGCCGAUGGCACAGCAACGGGCCUCGCCGCCAUUUCCACUGGCGGCUGAUGUUUGAGAGUGCUGACAUCACUAUGCUCCGCCUCCUGGAGGCCUUUUUAAAGUCGGCUCCGCAGCUCGUCCUGCAGCUGAGCAUCAUGAUCCACGGAAACACCGUCCUGCCCCUGCAAGGUCUCUCGGCUUCGGCCUCCCUGGUCUCACUGGCCUGGAUGAUCGCGUCCUACCAGAAGGUUCUCCGGGACUCCCGCGAUGACAAGCUGCCCAUGUCCUACAAGGCCGUGAUCGCCCAGAUGCUGUGGCACUUCUUCACUAUUGGGGCGAGGACCGUGGCCUUCGCCCUGUUCGCCUCCGUCUUCCAGCUAUACUUUGGCAUUUUCAUCGUCAGCCACUGGUGUGUCAUGACCUUCUGGAUCAUCCAAGGUGAGACUGAUUUCUGCAUGUCCAAGUGGGAGGAAAUAAUCUACAACAUGGUGGUGGGUAUCAUCUACAUCUUCUGCUGGUUCAACGUCAAGGAGGGCCCCAGCCGCUUCCGCAUGACCGUCUACUACUCCGUGACGUUGGCCGAGAAUGUGGCUCUGACCGCCGCCUGGUACACCUACCGUGGCCCGCACACCUCCGACUCCUACGCCCUGGUGGUGGUGUGCCUGGUGGCCUGCAGCUUCGCCCUGGGAACCUUCUUCAUGUUGGUCUACUACUGCUGGCUGCACCCCGACGGGCCCGUUCUUGGUUCCCAGUGGGGUGGAUGUGUGGAUGAGGGCAUGGUGGGUGCAGGAGGGGUGGCGGGAGUGAUUGACGCUUGCCUUACUCCGUCCCAAGGGUCCCAGACAGACAUGGUCAUUACCAGUCCUCCAAGGACUCUACCCAGGACUAAAGACACCGGGGAGCCGGUUCCCGGGGACCGAGACAGGGACAGUUGCCUGCCUGUCUUCCAGGUUCGUCCCUCCCCGUCCUCCUCUCCUGCACUCCUGCACAGGACCUCCUCCUCAUCCCGUGCACAGGAGGGCCCUGUGAUCCGGAUUGACCUCCCCAGAAAAAGAUACCCGGCCUGGGAUGCACACUUUAUCGAUCGACGCCUCCGCAAGACCAUCCUGCUUCUGGAGACCACAUCAGCCGUCAGCCCUCGGAUACAGUACAGGAGUAGCAUGAUGGGCAGCAAAGAGGUGUUAGAAUAUGAGACAACUGUUUAAGCCAACAGGGGCUCUUAUACUUAAAAGUGCAGUCUGGGACCAAGGCUCAGCCAGAGAUUAGUUCUCAUCCCAGGACUGCCUUCGCCAAGAGAAGCAUGAAAAGAAGACACCGAGUGUCUUUUUAAGAAGAGAUGUUGUGAAAACUUGAUUGUAAAAUGUGAAGCGCAAUCUGGGACCAAAGCAGUCCGGGAGUAAGUAGCAUGAAUGAGCCGUGGGAAGUUGACAGAGUAAUGCUGAACUGGGAUAAUCUUCACUUAUUUUUUCGGAGCUUGGAGGUGAGCAAAAUAAUCUCUCGUCCUGGGACCAAGGAAUGUUGGAUUUAGUUUCAUCCUGCACGGUCAGUACAAGAAGUAAAAGUAUUUGAGAGAAAUUAAGCUGUGGAGUUUGAGGUCAUUCAGAAACAGCCUGCUGCAUGAACUUGAGCCUCGGAACCCAGAGACACAACAGAGACUUGCCGAUUAAGAAACUGGUGGCUAGAGUAUGCAUGGGACAUGCAAUCGUUUUGGUUUGGUAGCAAUGCUAGACACUGACAUAAAAAUGGGGCCUCAUUAUCCAAUGCUCAAGUGAUUUGUCAGUCAAAAGAUGCCAAGAUGUCUGUUAAAAUGUUAUCAUACAGACACCUUCCAUUGCAACCGAAUUCAACCUGGGUUUUGCCAAGACGACCAGACACUUUUUUUGACUUCCAAAUCAUCAAUUCCCUUGGCAUUUAUAAUAUUGUGACAAGUAGUGACUUUCAAAGAAUAUAUGUACAAGUGACAGAUGAUCUUUUUUUUGCUUCCAAAAGGUUGCAUGUCCCUCACAAACAUUUGGUAAUCAUCCUCUAAACAUUCUGUUCAUGGCGUCCAAAGAGAAACAUGGUCUUGCACACUGGGCUCCAAUCUCACGAGACCAAAAGGAUCCAUCUAAUGUAGGCUCACAUCUCAGCGUAGGUCCAAUUGGUUUAUUAAAUUAAGGCCUGAGAUACCAGUCACCCAUCCAUAUGUGCUACUAAAGCAGCUGUUGCAAAAGUCUCACUGUUACUGCAACCUGAAGAAGGACUUGUUGAGGGGGAAAAAACAGUCAGGACUAGGAUGUAAGGUGAGCAACCUUUGCAACGGCUACCACCAUAUGGCAUGCUGUAACUCACCACAAAUAGGCCUGUGAUGUACAGAUGUCAGAUAUAAGCUGUUAUAAUAAGCUGUAGUUAGUUGAUGAAUGACUUUCGAGUGAAGAAGCUUCAUUUACUCGCAAGAGUCUAAAUGUUGUCCAAAGUUGUCCACUUUUUUUGGAAUUCAUAACAUGUAGGGUGUGAAGGACAUCAUGAGCAAUGUCAUAAAGCUAGAAAACAUUUUCCAGGGUUUGUUUUUUAGGAACAGUAGCUGGGGAGAAAUGGUUUUUCAUCAGUUGAAGAUGUUAAGAAGAAUGUGCUGAAAUCAUUCAAUAAGCAGCAAAUGCAAAAAAAAAGAGACUAAUGAUAAUUCAAUUUUAAUGAAAAAAAACUACAGUUCAGUUCAUACAGGUUUCACAAAAUUUGCAAGACAGGUACAAAAGACCAAAAUACAGCUGUGGGUAAAUGGUUUCAUCCUUCAUCGGGACACGUUAGUGUUCUUAGUGAAGCAGUUUUUGGCUAAGAAAUGCAUCUCAGUACUUGACAAUCUCCCUACCCACCUGAUCAAACACCGCAGGAAAAUUUUACUUACCCUAAUUUCAAGUCUGCAUUUGAAUGAACCAGUUUCAUGUUAAUUCCAUAACUGAAGAAGAAAAUACAGAGAUUCAGUUUUGUUUUGGGGAACAAAAUUGUGUUGUUUUCUCAUAACCUCAGGUGCUACCACAAGAAAAAAACAAAAACAAUUAAGCAUGUCAUGAAAGUGUAUAAUUUAUAGCAGUCAUGAACACCAGUGUCACAACUGUUGUGAGAAUUGUGGAAUUUAGGUAUAAAAGUACACAAAUAACACUGUACGACUGCAUUCUAAAUUCUUAAAUGACAUCAACAACAUACUACCUAGGUAGUGACCUGUGUGUACUUAUACCUAGUUUAAAUAGGAGGCGCAGUGAUAAUAAUGGUGGAAUGUAAAGUGUUAAAGAAAAACGAAAAUUAUGGAGAGUUUGGAGACAACUAAUAAAAGAUGUUUUUGCGGUAGAAUGUAGCUGCAGAAAGUGAAUAUAUUAAGUUUUUUUCAUUGAAAUUGAAUUACAGCAUUAGUCUCAUUAUUAAAUUGCUGCAUCGUGUUUGCUCAAAGCAAACUGAUCCCAAAAAGUCAAAGAUGCAAAGCACCAAAAGCUGUUACGAGCAGAAUGUGGAUGAUGUGGGGUUUAAACUUUCUGAAAAAUAGUGUUGUGUUCUACAUGCGCAUUUGUCACAAUUUUCUUCAAUGGUCUUUUCCAAUAAGGUGAAAUUAAUCUAAAAGCAAAAGCGACCACAUGUAGGCCUUCAAUUUAAGCUAUACUUUGCCAGAUCUGAAUUUAUAAUAGCUAAUGCCAUCACUAGACUGAAUGAAAAAGAAACAAACUGGUAAGAGCUGGUGAAAAAUGCUCUUUUACUCCUUUAAACUGCUGAUGCGAUGCCCCGCAGCAAUGUUAGCGCGUCGAGCAGAGCUGAUCAGUAAACAGCUUCAGAGGUCGGAGUUUAAACGCAGCAGCUCCCAGGUGUGAAUGAGUGCUACUAUCAAUUAGAAGCUGCUCGGCACUGAAAAAGUCAAGCACGGUCAGCAACACCAUCUGAAGGAAGAACAGUUUUUAAAAAAACACUAGCAUCAAAGCUAGCUUCUGUCCACUCACAUAUAACACAACAGAUUUCUCUUCAGCAGCUUCUCUUUGAAGUUCUUUUCAAAGACGCUUUUCUGUAAAAGCUUUAGGGUUCGUCUGUGCAUUUAAGGCUGGUGCAAAGAGAGAGUUCUUUAUGUGCAUCCAAAAAUACUGAAUCCGAGGCUGUGAUUUUUUUAUAAAGAUGGCAAAAGGUGUUAAGCAUCGCCUUAAAAAAAAUGCGUUAUGUGACCUGGAGGCAUUCAAGAAAAGAAAAAAAAAGAAGUGCUUUUCAAACUGCCUUUGGGAACUGGUUUGUUAACCUUAGUGGCUGUAAAAGCAACGUUUUGAUGUUGCUGCUCAGAAAGCAUGUAGAAGAUACCAAUGCUAAGAAAGUCGUCAAUUAAUGGUUGACUGAUAUGAACAAAAAAAUAACUAAAAAAUCAACAUAUCACAGAAAAAUUCUAAUUAAAUAGCUAUGACAAGUAAACUGAUCUGGUGGCAUAAAAUGGAAACAUUUUGUGCAAAAACAGUUUGUAUUUGUAGAAUAUGAUGUGGUAAUUCUCACUUCUAUGCUAAUGAUGCUUAUUCUGAGUUGAAGGGACUGGAGCUAUUUCUGCUCUCGCGUACUUUAGGUCAAGGUACAGAAAAUCACUGACAACAGCUUAGAUACUGUAUAAACAAGGCAAUCCUCGAUAAGCAUCUUACUUUACACUUUGUGUCUACCCAUCCACUCGGAGGUAAAUCUGACGAAAUCCUUCCUGGCUGACAAAUGAAUAUCAUCCGAGUACGAAAGCUAAAUUCACAGGCUUUCACUUUGCAAAGACGCUAAAGUUUCAGCACUAUUUUGUCUUCAUCAGAGUCAAAAGCAUUGCUGUGUUGAGUUUGUUUGCCCAAUGAAAAGCAAUGUGCUCCAGCCGUCAUUUCAUACUCUGGAAACCUGCUGUCCUUGAGGUGAAAUGUUCAGCUGGAAAAUGCACAGAAAUCCAUGUUUCUACCUGAAUAUCACCUUUUUGAACUUUGAGUUACUUUGUAUUAGGGAAAAUAUGAGCUGAAGGUGGCACUGAAGGGAACUGUAAAGGAUCAUUGACUGUGUUCACAUGGUAUUCAAACUCCUGGUUCAGAUCAGGUUUUGGAAAUGUCCUGUUUUUGUGUUCGUGCAUCAAAACGUUGAUUUCAGACACUGCGCUUAAACCCUUAUGUCGAUUUAAAGAAACCAGGUUGUGCUAGCUGCAGUACCAGGUUUCUGAUUGGUGCUGACUACCUGAGCAUCUUCAGCCAAGGGACAAAACAGCUUCAUGAAGUAGCUCAUGGCCUUGUCCGCCAUACUUCAACCUCAAACUUUUUAGAAACAACUUCUUUCCAUGCAACUGCCUCGUUUGUGCAACACUCCCAUUGGUCACUGGUCUCAUAAAAGGUUCUAAAGGAUGCACUACUCAAACAGGAAAGUUCUCACCAAUCAGAGUCCAUGAACUCUAUUGUGACAACCAUAUCCUACCACUACAGAUGGCUGGCACCUUGCAUGGCAUUGGAUCUACUGCUGUUGGUGUAUAAAUGUGUGAAUAAUAAACACACUGUAGAGUUUUGUUGAACCUAGAUAAGGUGUAAAAGGUGCAACAUAAGUGUUGAUCAUUUAUCAUUUACUACUCCCUAGUCAAACACAGCGGCAGUGGUAGUCCAACACCCUUCUAUUGUGAGCAAAAAGGUGGAUAAAUCUGGUAUAAUCUGACUAAUCUGCAAUGUGAUGUUAGCAUUUAAUUGUGCUGAGCUUGCUAUAAGUCAAAGAGGCCUCAACAACUACGGUCAGAUUCAUCUAAAGCUAAGCUAAAGUUAGGAAGUUCUGAUUUAAAUCUAGUUUAAUCUCACAAGUUAAUCAGUGUACACAAGGCUAUGAAUAAAUAUGUCAAUCCCAAAUAUCAUCAAAAUCAGGAUGUAAACACAGUCAAUGAAAUCAUGAGGGAUCUGAAUUUCAAGACAUCUGGGACAGGAGUGCUAGCUAACUGAACCAUCACUGCUGUUAAUCCAUGCUUAAUAUCAAGGUAAAAACUGUAAAUGCAGAUAAUUUUGGCCAUUUUCUACUAGUUUGUCUUGAGUCUGCUGCUGCCGUAUUUCACCUCCGACUCUGUUGUUUGCUGAUGUGUCUGUUUGCAUCUUGUGGAUGUUUUGGCCCAAUUUCUGAGAAGUUCAACAACUGCCGUUUUGAGGGAUUGUAAGUCAUGUGGAGAACCAAUCGCACCCACUGAUACGCAUUAUGAAACGCGAGUACGAACAACUGGGUUUGCGGAUGUUUGCGUGUCUCCUGUUUUAAUGUGGCAGUCAAUAAUUCAGGAAUGCAAAUAAAAACGUGUCUAUUGAUAAUAACUUGGUAAAACAUAGUUUUGCUCUCCAGACGGGGUUGUUUCUUGCCUGAACUUGUGGAUUUUGUUGGUGCAGUGGUGACAGUCACGGCGAUGUUAAUGGUGCUGAAAACAAUGACUCAACGUCACACGUGAUCAUGUCAACAUGUCGAAACACGAUAGGCUAAUGUACAGAUGAUGCGUACAUCAAAACACCCAAUCAGAGGGCCGAGGUUUCACUUGCUCUGAUUGGGUACUGAACCAGUCGUUUGUUGUCGAGGUAAAAUAACAGUUAAUAGUGGUGCGCUGAUUAUAUAUCGACUUGAACAAAACAUGUUUAACAGUAAACAGUGAGUUGAAAAAAAAAUUUCAAAUCAUCUUUUAUUAAUUAAUGCAAGUAUUUAUGUUUAUUUAUUUUUGUAUUUGUUUUAUAUCUAUUUAUCUAUUGUUUACUCACUCGGUGGCCAUGUCUUUGGUAUGACUCUUAUAUUAAGAUGUAAAAACUGGAAAAUAGAUUUUUUUUUUACUCAUUCUAUAUAUCUGUAUAUAUCAGAGUGGCGCUAUUCUAGGACGUGCGUGUAUGAGUACGUGUGCUUUGGUUCGUAUGUAUGUAUUGUAUGUACAGUAUGUAUGUCAGGAUGUGCUCUAAGUUUUUUUGAUAAUGCUGCUUAAACAUCCUCCGAGUGACCGAAGCAGAAAAAUAAAACCAGUGGUGAAAAUAUCUAUGACGAUGUUAAAAAAGAACUCAACAAGCUGUGCUGAUAACUGUAGAUGGGAACAAUACUGUAGUAAACAUGGCUGAACAGCCGUCAAAAUAAAACCCAUGGACGUG